UCUACAGCAGCAUGAUUAUUUGUUGAAAUUUUCAUGGUGUGUCUGCUAUGUGUUCAUUGUAUCUUGAUUUUAAGCUUAUAACACCAUGAAUAAGGAAAAGUUCUAGUCACAAAUUCGCUGUGUUGCUUAGCAUUAUAAAGUGCUGUUGCGGAAAAACGUAUAGAUACACAAAAUUUACAUAAACACGUUAGAUUAAUGAGAAAAAAUGAAGACCAAAGCAAUUAAUAAUCGUCAUUCGAAAUCCUUAGUUUAUUGGAUCAGGCUUUUAGUAUUUUUUGCCUCUAUCUGCUUAAGUUUAAGUGCGUCCAGUGAUCCCUACUCAAUUCUAGGGGUACAUAAACGAGCAUCCAUGCAGGACAUACGUCGUGCUUAUAAACAAUUGGCAAAAGAAUGGCAUCCUGAUAAAUCCAAACAUCCCGAAGCUGAAACAAGAUUUGUAGAAAUCAAACAAUCCUACGAAUUGCUAUCAGAUUCGGAACGUAGACGAGCCUUUGACCAAUAUGGAAUAACAAACGAAGAUGCAGUUCUCGAUCAUAAUCGUCCAGAAUAUAAUAAUUACGGUCGUUUCAAGGACACAUUUGAACAUUUCUAUGGAGCACAUAACUUCAAUUAUCAUGAUCAAGAUAUUAGCUUGUAUCAUCGCCUUUCAAUUACCACAAAAUACUAUGAAACCAACAUUGUACCGAAAAGUCGUCAUACACCUCAGAUAAUCAUGUUUUACGCCGAUUGGUGCUUUGCAUGUAUGAAAGCUGCAAAUUCUUUCAAAAAGUUAAUAGACACGCUUGAACCAUAUGGAAUUACUUUUGCCACUGUUAAUGCCGGCCACGAAGAACAACUUGUAAGAAAAGUCGGUGUACACUCGCUACCAUGCGUAAUUAUGGUGCUAAAUGACCAUAAUUAUGUUUACAAAGAUAGUGUUUUCAAUCCACAGCACGUUGUGGAUUUUAUAAGACAAAAAAUGCCUUAUAAAUUAUUGACACCUGUUACAGAUAAUACGCUUGACAAAUUUUUGAACGGAUGGGUUGAUAAUCGGGUUCGUGCUCUAAUUUUAGAACCAAGAAUGCAACCACGACUACGUUAUCUUAUAACUGCAUAUUACUUUCGCGAACGAGUAGUAUUUGGGUUUGUUGAACUUAACUCUAAAGAAACUGCAUACAUUCAAGCUAAAUUUAAAGCACAUCCUGAACUUGAUACAUUACUUAUUUUUAAUGAAUUUCCGCCUCAACCAAUUGCGACGGUCACAAUGUCUGAUAUUCCUUCAACAACGUUGAACAAUAUUAUUUCACUCAACAAAUAUCUCAUACUUCCACGACUUUCAUCCCAAGACAUGCUGGAAAGUGUAUGUCCAGCUGAAUGGAAUCGCCCUCGUAAAAAAUUGUGCGUUGUGUUAGUUACUGAAAAUACCAGAUUGCAUGAUGGAGCACGUACUGUAAUGCGUAAGAUAGCUUUAGAAUCUCUUUAUAAUCGAGAGAAAGUACGGUUUGCUUACAUCUAUCAAGAAAAACAGAAUGAUUUCAUCAGCGCUUUUUCAAAACACAAUCAAUCGAAAGAAACACUGCUGCAGAUUAUUAUCUUUUGGCGUCGAGAUACCAAACAUAUUCGUUAUGAAUGGGUCGAUCAAACUAUUCUCGAAGCAGAGAAAGUCUUAGAAAACGACACACACGAUCAAUAUUUCAACAAUACAAAACAAAAACUGGAUUCAAUAAUUCAUCGCUUGCUACGAUCCACGGAAGCGCUUAGUUUUGAAACGGAAGUCAAGGAUCUAUUUGAUGAGAAUUCGGAAAGCUCGAUUAUGCGCAUGCUAAACCGCAUCAUUCUGGCAUUAGAAUACAUUUCAGAUAAUUUAGGACACGAACAUAUUCUUCCAGCGAUAUCUGUUCUUGGUACCGUAACCUUUAUUCUUAUCAUUGGAUAUCUAAUGUCCUACCUGCUACAUUUAGAAGAAGAAGACAUCCAACUUAACAAAAGCAAACGCUUGGAAAAUUCAAACGGGAAACGUAUCAGUUAUAUACCAGAGCUGCGAUUACAUGAAUUACGCGCUGAAAAAUACAAUGGACUGGUUCGUCUCCUAAAGCCGGGGUGUCGCACUAUAGUAUUACUUACAGAUUUACAAUCGCGAUCGAAAUUGAUUCCUUCAUUUCAUAAAGCAGUGUGGCCAUAUCGGAAGAACAAAACAUUAAUGUUUGCACACAUGUUGAUUGAAAAAGGGAUUGGAUGGUAUGCAGAAUUAUUGCGUUUGUCGUUAUCUGAAUGUCGCGAAAUGAAUAUUAAUCCUCGCAACUGUAUUGGAACAGUUGUAGCUUUAAAUGGACAUCGAAAAUAUUUUUGCAUGUAUCAUGCUAAACAUCCGGAAUCAAAUCGAGGAGCAAAGCGUAUGAUUAAAAUAACUCGUCAUCUCAGUUCCAUGCCAACUGAUCCUGAGGCUGGUGCAUUCCUAGGUAUGGACAGCUCAGAUUCCGAAACAUCCGUUUCGGACGUAUUCGAACCAAGGAUUCUUCUAGAAGAAAAUUUACUCGAUGGUUUACCUAAUUGGCUGGAUCGGUUGUUCGAAGGGACCACUCAUCGAUAUUACAUUAAUUAUUGGCCGGAUUUUACUUCAAAAUGAAACUCAAUCCUUUGAUAAAAGAUUAUCGUAAUGAUGUAUUAAAAACCAAAAAAAUAACUUUUUUCAUUUUUUGUAUGCAAACUCAAACCUUAAACACGUCAUCUUUGUAUUAAAUUGGUUCAAAAUAUGUUAUGGUAUCGAUGUUCUCAUAGUUUUCGAUUUCUUUGACUUUUGUUUUCUUGCUAAUAUACCGUUAUUAUAUCGCCAUUUCAAUUAACGAUAGCUAUACAUAUGUAAGAGUUUGACAAAAUUGUGUUGUCAGUCCUUGCUACGGUCCAUAUGAGGCUUGAACCCACGACAGACACUUUGUUUGAUGACUUUUCCGCGGGAUUCACAUUAUUGUGGAUUAAUAAUUUGUGUAAUUGAGUUUCAAAUUGUUUAUUUUGUAAGGAGUUUUUGAGUUUUCUUUAUGUGUUCUUCAAAUUCGUUCUUCGAUAUAUUGCCCAUUUCGUUGUUUUGUUAUGUCAGCAGUCUUACUACAAAUAAAUAGGAAACAGGCAAUAAACAGUGAUUCCAAUAUAAAAUACACACGAAUAUAUAAAAAAGACUUUGAACAACAGUAAAAAAAUCAGCAUACCUGAUUUUAUUUAAGUAUUUUUUCCUAUUAUCUUAUUUAAUGAUGGAUUAUCUUUACAAGGGUAUGUUUCAGAUUUGUAAUUUAUGAAAUGACGGGAAUCAUUAAUAGAAUUUAAAACAUACCAUGAUUACGAUUUUGGCCGUUUUUUGUCACUAGUUAAAUAUUCAUACUGAUAUAUGUUCUUAAAUUGAAUUAUUGAAACUCUAGUCAAUCCUUGGUUUUAUAUUGAAUCGAAGAGGAUGUGAAAAAGACAAAACAAUUAUUGUUUGUUAUAAGCAAAAAUUACGUGAGGUACUUAACAGAUGCCUCACAAUUACACAAUUUAGUUUGUUCUAGAUUUUCAAACAUAUUACUGCUCUUAACGCACUUACAACGGGCUUUAAGCAGCAUCAGGCUUAUAAAUACAAUGACGAAGCGGUAAAAAUAGAUAAUAAUAAAAAUUUCGAUGGUUAUAUAUCUCCACCAAUAAGUA